CCAGUUUUGUCAGCUUUUAACAGCCUGGUCCGACAUUUCUCCCCGGAUUUGUCAGCGUACGCACGCUGGAUGUUUUCACCUCACACCGGAUUAGAGAUCAUCCCCUGAAUAAAGCAUGUCUUCGUCUGUGGACUGGGGAGAGGAGACUUUUAUUGGUGAGGACGUUAAAGCGCCGCGGAUGAACACGGCACAGGUGUGUCUGCCCUUCAGCGUGGAGGCGCUCAUGUCGGACAGCAGACCUCUGAAAGUGACGGAGAGAAAGGAGGGACAAAGUUACUCAAUGAAGGAUCAUCAGGCUCACAGAGGGUCACCACUCGAUCCUUUAAUAUCUAUCAAAUCAGAAUCACCGGGACGAGGGGACUUUUUGAAAUCCAACUCCAUGAAGCAGAUGGCUUUGCCUCCACAUCAGCUCAGCCCAGCAGCCUGUCCCUUGAGGAAGCACAAAACCAACCGUAAGCCUCGCACUCCCUUUACCACCACACAGCUGCUGGCCCUGGAGAGAAAGUUUCGUCAGAAGCAGUACCUGUCCAUCGCAGAGCGGGCUGAGUUCUCCUCCUCUCUGACACUGUCAGAGACCCAGGUCAAGAUCUGGUUCCAAAACAGACGAGCUAAAGCCAAGAGGCUCCAGGAGGCAGAGAUGGAGAAACUCAAAAUAGUGUCUGGCUUUGCUCCUAAAGCUACAUUCAGUCCAGGCUUCUCGUCCUUUGGUUUUCCACUUAGCGUUAACCUGCAGGUGCAAUCAUCAGCUCUCUAUGGACUGGGCUGCAGUCCCCUUAUCUCUGCUGCACAUCUGGCCAUGUAUGCCUCACAGGUCGGCCUGUUCCAUCUCUCCUGAGAAGACGCAGCAUUAUACAAAUGGCUGAUUUAAAUAUGCUGUUAAAGAAAACACAAGAGUGUCAUAAAAGGAUGAGAGACUUUAUGAUACAUGAUGAAGACUUAGUACAGGACUCUGAAGUGGAGCUGAAGUUUCAUGAUCCUUCAGCAGAACUGUCCUGCCAUAUACCAUUAAUUACUUACUUACCAUUACUGUCCUAUGAAGGUAAUAGGAGACUGUAAUUUUGGGAUGACAUUUUGGUCCUGCCAUACUUACUUUAUAGUUAAAGCAUUCUCAAAUGACAUUAAUUUGUAAAAGCUUAAGAUUCACUCAUAUCCUGAUACUGUUUUACAUUUCAGUAGUUAUUUUGUUGGAAGUUGAAGGUAAUCCUUUCUUCUGUUCACUGUGCUUGUUUUUGAGAUACACAGUAUAUAUAGUGUCUCUUCUCUGCAGUCUCUCUUGUCUUCCAGUAAGCACAACCUUUAGUGUGAAUUCCAGGCCUCCUGUUGAGUCUACUGGCUCUUCUGCAUACAACAGACCUCUUCACCUCUUAUCUGCAGUCCCGGGGCAGGUGCUGAAAAUUUCGUUCACCACGUCCUUUUUCAUGGCGCAGAGCUCAAAAGGAAAAUGUUCUUGUGUUUACGAUGGUGCUAACUGACAUCUUUAUCAGGUAUACCUGUUCAUUAACUGUUCAUUAACACAAAUAUCUAAUCAGCCAAUCACAUGGCAGCAAGCAGUGUAUAACGCUAUGGAUCACAAUUGGAUAUGUGCUCCUCAGAGCUGUAAUGUCCCUCAUCCCUUCUAUUUUUUUACAACUGUGACGUGAGUUCUUUCUCCCUAAGUGAUUCAUUCUUAUGCAGGAAAGUCCCUCAGUCUUCCUCAGUUCGUUUUUUUGUCCCCUCAUUAGCGUUAUUUCAUCAUGUCUUAGCUCCUCCACCAUGCACUGAUGAUGAGCUGCACAGCUGAUUCACCUUAAAUAUUGCUGUAUAAUCAUUAAAAGCCAUUAAAAAAUAUUUUGGUAUAUUUUACAUAUACAGUGCAUAAGGAAAGUAUUCAGACCCCCUCACUCAAUUUAUUAUGUUGCAGCCUGAUGCUACAGUUAACAUUUUUUUCAUUAUUGCUAAUCUACACUCAGUACCCCAUAGUGGCAAAGUGAAACAGAAUUUUGCACAUUUUUGCAAAUAAAUUAAAAGUUGGAAUCUGCAACAAAGUCUGUUUUAGAAAAAAGGAUUUUUUUCAGCUGUAGCGUCAGGUUGUAACAUGAUAAAAUUGAAAAAAGUGAAUUUGAAUUAAUUUUUAACAUACCUGAUUAUUAGUGUAUUUGUUUAAUCAUAUAUGCUCCUCUGAAAUAUUUUCAUGUAUGUGCAGAUUCAUGUAAUGAGGUUUGAUAACUGAGGCUUUUUAUUUCUUAUUCAUGUGAUUGCACAAGAACUCAUCAUAAAACUCU